AUGGCGGACAACUUCUUAUACGAGUACACCUAUGACUUGGGCGUUAGCGAGGGCUUCUACGUAACACCCAUACCUUUACCCACAGACUUUUGUGGAGGCACCCAGCCUUGCUCCGACGACCGAGUCUUCCAGAGGGCGGAGGCUGCCGCCAGGCAUGCGGUGGAGGAGCACAACCGGAAAAGCCUCGGGAGUACUCUCGAGUUUUUGAAGAUUGUGAACCUCAACAUGCGGUGCGCGGCCGGCUUUGUGUAUUACAUCACGGUGGCGGCCCGCGAGGGAUCCGAGGACGAGGCAAGGCUCUAUGAGGUCGAUGUUUGGGACAUGAUCUUUUCGGGCUUUCGGAUCGAUAUUUUCCGGCCGGCGCCUUACUCGAUGAAACCCUCGGCACCACUCAACCCUCAAACCCCUCGACCCACUCGACCCCCAAACCCCUCGACCCACUCGACCCACUUAACCACUCAACCCUCAAACCCCUCGACCCACUCGACCCCCAAACCCCUCGACCCACUCGACCCACUUAACCCCUCAACCCUCAACCUCGGCCCUCGAGCAAUGGUCCCGGCAUUGGUUGACGAACACGCUUGGCAGAUAGCAUAUUUACGUGAUGGGUCGAACAUUGAACCAAGGGUUACGGGGCACUUGCUACUCGUAGAGAAAUUUAUGAUCCCGAGAACAGUUAACUACUAUAUAAAGGGUAAAUUCAUCAAGGAGAAGGUAAGACCUCAUUAA